UGAUGUCAUUUGAAUCAGUUGCGUUUGAAAUGAGUUUACAAAAAACAAAUAAAAUUUUACGAAUGAUAGGAUUGCAGACUGAUGACAAAGAAAGUAACCAGACCUUCAUGGAGAGACUAUGGAGCCGGAAAUUUUAUUGUUUUUUCAAUUGUAUGUUAUAUUGUGAACUAAUAGGAGAAGUAGCCUGGAUGAUCAAUAGCAUCAUGGAACGAAAGUUCCUCGAAGCCACCAAUUCCGCGCCUUGCGCUACUCUUUGCUUCCUGGGUAGCGCCAAAACUUACUACAGAAUAAAGUACGGCCACCAUAUAAAUGACUUUAUUAAUUCACUGCGUAAAUUGCAGUCGACUCAAUUUAAGUCCAGUGCUCAAAGAAGUUCCACGGCUUUCGGAGAAAUACGUGAUAUGGUCCGCAAACUCCAACUGUCUAUUAACAUUUCAACCGUCGUAAGCGUAACUGGACUGGUUGUGUUCUUGAUUAGCCCUCUUAUUAUAAUGGCAUUUACAUACUAUAUGUCAGGAAAAGUAGAGUUGAGACUUCCAUUUCUAGUUAUGUACCCAUUCAACGAGUUCGAUCUGAGGGUUUAUCCUUUCAUAUAUAUUCGUCAUGUGAUCACUGGCUUGUUUGGUCUCUUGACCGUGGUCGGCCCGGAUUGCUUGUACUAUACUUUUUGCACUUUUGUACAAGUUCAGUUCCGUACAAUUGUAACACCGAAUGCGAGAAUAUGGAACCAAAAUGGAUAUGACAAAUUCCACGAGAAGUUUCGAGCUUGCAUUAGUCGACACAAAAAACUUAUAAGAUGCUGCAAUUUAAUUGAAACAUUGUAUUCCAAGUCGUGCCUGUUCAACUUCAUGUCAAGCAGCCUGCUGCUCUGCCUGGCCGGGUUCAAUAUCACGGCUUAUAAGGACUUGGCUAUGUUUGGUAAUUUUCUCAGUUUCCUGUUCCUAUGUAUGCUGCAAAUAUACCUGAUAUGCGAUUACGGCGAUAAUAUUCCUCGAGCUAGCAUGGAUGUGAGUAGUGCUGUCUAUAACACUCUGUGGUAUACCGUUGAUGUAAAAACAGCGAAAAAUUUACUCGUUAUUCUAAUCAGGUCACAAAAAUCUUGCAAGCUGACUGCUUAUAUGUUUGCUGAAAUGAAUCUGGGAGCUUUUACACGGAUACUAAGCACAUCUUGGUCUUACUUUGCCUUGUUGAAGUCGGUGUAUAAUAGAGGCGGUGAACAUUGA